CUCAAAUCACAUUUUCCAAACCACUUGCCAGACGAGCUGUCAUAAAAGAUGCUCGUCUCCUCCGCCCAUUUGCAAUACAUGACACUCCUCCAGAUCUCCUCCUUCUUUUUUCUUCCUCCUCCUCGUCCUCCUCUCUCUCCCGGCCAUUACUACACUAUUAGGUGUUUUGUUCUCUCUGUCAUUCUGGACCCAAACUUGAACAACAAAACGGCAUCCCGCAAUCAAAAAGCAACCCGUCGUUUUCGCCACUAGCAGCUCGGCUCGUCCCAACUUAUCUAACCUACCUUACCUUUUACCUUGCCUGCUGCUUGCUUUAGUCUACCUACCUACACUACCUACACAACUAGCUACCUGCGGCUACGGAGUACGGUACACAUAAUACCUAGGUUGCAUCUCCUCGCAUACCCUCGACGUUUUUCUUCGAGAUUUCAGCCAACCUUCGUUCAACGUCCGAGUACAUCCACUACGUCAGGUCAUCUGUGUCUGCAUGUACCUCAAACUCAGACUACCUUAACCUCGAGGGAACCGCGACGUUUACAAACCCCACCAACGCCCAAAAAAAAACCUCCUCUACUACCACCACCACCACAAAACGGUCUCGUUCUGACCGGCUUGCGCCCUCUCCGCACUAUCCAUCAGCUUGGAUAUUCUACUACACCUCGACCUUCAGCCCCCCGUUUCUCCUUCUGCAGUAAGCCGCACCGAGCUGCCAACUGUCACUUGAACACCUCCAGUCCGCAUUUUCCUCACUGCGCAUACCUGCCUGGGUACGACGCGACGCAAUACCGUCCAUACUCGGCACUCCUGCUACCCUGCGCCAGUCACAUAAGUCGAGCCCGCCGUUUUCACAGCCCCAGCCACUCUAUCGGUAUAGCCCGUGAGAGUGAGACUGACAGCCUUCGCUUGCGACGUGAAAGCGCAAUCUGUGUCCCACGCCCAGCAAACCAUCGUGUACUACACUCAACCACAAUCUGAGAGAAACAAUCGCUCUGCUCAGACCCGAUUGAUUCCCCAGACGUAUUAGAGCUGCCGCUUAAGAUAAUCGAGCUUCCCUUGGACGCGGCCACUGAUUCGACGCCUUGCGGUAUUGAGGAUCCACCAGGCUCUCCGCGGCAUUCAAGCAUUCUUUUAAAGCAUACUCGUCUUACUUCGCAGCCGAUUAAGACUCCGGACGACGUACGAGAGAGCCGGACGUAAUUGCGAUUCAAUCGGACAUAUAUCCCAGACCUUGUUUCAGCCACGAGCCAACUGUUCUUUGCCAUGGAGCAAACGUUCAUGACCAUUCAUUCCACGGACCCCAGCGCUGCCAUAUUAUUCGUGUCCGACUCAGUCUACGACAUACUGGGUUAUACCCCCCAGGAAGUGCAGGGAAAAUCAUGCUUUGACUUCUUUCACCCCGACGAGGUACCCUUCGCUCGCUCUAUCCACAGUCGCGGUGUCUUGCUGGACAAGGCAGCCGUGCUUCACUAUGCUCGCAUCAUGGCCCGCGAUGGCCAGUGGGUGAGCUGCGAAUGCUGCUUCACUGUCGUCCACGAUGUCUUGGUUGCCUGUACCAGUAUUUAUCGACGAGACGAAAAGAGUCACAGACGAGCUGUCGAAGCACCUCAGAUCCGUCGAUUGUUCUCAAGCUCCCCUCGGGAUCCUCGUUACCACAUGCUGGAGCAUCUCUCACCCAAAUUCAGAAUGCCCCCCGUGGAACGCGAGCCCCGCGCAGCUCUCAUUCUCAAUAGGUUCACCCGCACUCUGACCGUCAUGUUCGCCACCAAUGCAGUCUCGUCGAUUCUUGGCGUUAGACCCGACCAGAUCAAAGACAAGAGCUUUUAUGAGUGCAUACAGGAAAACUGUCUGCCGGACGCCAUUCGCUGCUUGGAAAGUGCAAAGGCCAACGACUCGAUUGCCUACUUGAGGUUUUGGUACAGAGACCCGCGUCGGCCUGAGGAUUUUGACGAUGAGGAGGAAGACGAAGAGCACAACAGCGGAAACUCCAGUGACUCUGAUGGCGGAGGCGUCCAACUCGAUGGUCGCAUGGAUAUUGACGAUGAUGACGGUCCUGUCAUCAAACAAGAAGACCAAGGUCGCCCGGAUAUGUCGAACCACAGCUCUGCGAACCAAACAGCGACUACAAACGCCUCUGGCUCGAGCAACGAGACGCAGAACACUGCAGCUACUUCCGCCCCCUCGGCCGACGGAUCAGCCGCCCAGGCAUCGACGCCCGCGGAACCCCUGCGCAACCGUCGCCGGGAACCACCCCAGGCCUUCGAGCUCGAAGCUGUCGUGUCAUGCACGUCCGACGGUCUUGUCGUCGUCAUUCGCAGAGCACGCCCUCCAAUUCCGGCACCUCACCCGCCGUUGGUUGUCCCAACCUACACCAAUGGUCUCUUUGCGGCGCCUUGGGGUCAUCAUCCCAUCCGGCCUCAAGUCCCCCAGGAAUCCCUCUACAAUUUCAGACCACCUCUCAUGCCUCAGUACAUGCCUUUGCAAGACAACGUCAUGGCUGCUGGGGGCCCACCUGUAGACCAUCUCAUGAGCUCCAUCAGAGAUGUUGCCGUUUUCGCCUGGGCAUUGGUGGGAAUCAAUGGCAACCUCGCGACAUACACGCGAGGCAUGCCGCGCGGCGAGUCUAUUCCAGAUAGUGGCCUCCCUAUAUGGGAUCCCAAUGCGGGGAGUGCUUCUUUACAUGGACCGGAAAACCAGGCGGUUCGUCGGUGGACGCAAUACGACAAGGAAAAGACAUUUGGUCCGCCCUCGGCGGCAUACCGACAGUCAUACAACCAAGGCAUACCAUCCGGGUAUAGCCAUGUGCCUCAGAUGGGCAGUUACAUCUACUCUCAGCCGGCGCCGCCCACGUGGCCCGGCUUACAGCCUGCAUACACAUCGGCGUAUGACCCCUACUCGAGGAACAACCAUCAUCGAGAACAGCAACAUCAGCAUCAUCAACCGCAGCCUCAUUAUGACUACCAGCCUGGUCGUCAGCAGCAUCAACCGCAGUCACAGGGUUUUGGUCAACGAGAAGCACUGCAAAAUCAGCCAUGGGGCGAGAUACCCCCACCGUAUAACGGCCAAGGCCAGGCGAACGGUCAUUCCAAUGGACAUGCUGGCGGGCAUUCGAACGGACAGCCCAAUGGCCAAUCCAACGGGCAGGCUAAUGGGCAGGCUAACGGCCAGUCCAACGGACGUAUUGACGGACAUUCCGGCAAUGGUUCAAAUGGGUCGGCAGGGCCGAAUGAUCCAUCUCAUGGGUAUCGCUACCCAUGGCAGUAGUUGAAUCACUCGGACUUGGGAGACGACAGUAUGAGGGUGGCCAUCUUACACUGAUCGGAGCGCAUUGGCGAAAUCCAAACGAACAGAAUGUGAUCAAUUUGGGAGAAUCAAGUAGGCAGGAGGCUUUUUGAAACCUCUCCAAGGAAGUCAGUAAUGGUCGGUGACGAUAAGGGGGAAAAAAGAUUGGGGUGGGUUUCGGAAAGGGGUUGUGUGUACCAGGCAUCGGCGUUCCGCGUUUUACUAGAAACGGACGGUAAAAAUGAAAAGAUACCCCGCGAGGCGAAAUGAAGGCCAUCGAGCUCGCAAAGGAGGAGAAUGUUUGUAUAUAGAAUGUUUGGCAGCAGGG